GCCCGGCUAGCAGAGCUGGGAAGGAAGGCGAGGAGCGGAACUAAUAAAUAGUGGCAUAGAGCACUCACCUCGCGUAAGACAGUGGUGGCCGCGCUUUAAGUGGAGCGUGUGGCAGACGGACAUGUACUCGUCCUUCCUCUCCUCGCCACCUAUAUGUUGUGGCUCUUGCCGCGGGUAGGGCCCGUGGAACUACGGUGAGGGGAAAGACUAAGCUUGUGUACCUCAGCGCUGGCAGGGGCGGGCCGGCGCUGGUGGCACUACGGGCGCGGAGUAGUGCUGCUCAGGUAGAGCCCACUGCUCCCGUCCCUUCAACAGGAGGAGACUGAGGCUGCUGUGGGCAGGUGUCGCUUAGCUCUUCCCUGCUCGGUUAUGUCGGACAAUCAGAGUUGGAAUUCCUCCGGCUCCGAAGAGGACCCCGAGACCGAACUCGGGCUGCCUGUUGAGUUCUGUGGGGUGCUCAGCAAGUGGACCAACUACAUUCAUGGGUGGCAGGAUCGAUGGGUAGUUCUGAAAAGCAACACACUCAGUUAUUACAAGUCUGAAGAUGAAACAGAGUAUGGCUGCAGAGGCUCUAUCUUUCUGGGCAAGGCUGUGGUUACGCCCCAUGACUUUGAUGAAUGCAGAUUUGAUAUUAGUGUAAACAAUAGUGUUUGGUACCUCCGAGCUCAGGACCCAGACCACAGACAACAGUGGGUAGAUGCACUAGAACAACACAAGACUGAAUCUGGCUAUGGAUCAGAGUCAAGUUUACGACGCCACGGCUCCAUGGUGUCUCUUGUUUCUGGAGCAAGUGGAUACUCUGCAACAUCCACCUCUUCGUUCAAGAAGGGCCAUAGCUUACGUGAGAAGCUUGCAGAAAUGGAAACCUUUAGAGACAUCUUGUGUAGACAAGUUGAUACUUUACAGAAAUACUUUGAUGCCUGUGCAGAUGCAGUUUCCAAAGAUGAACUCCAGAGGGAUAAAGUGGUAGAAGAUGAUGAAGAUGAUUUCCCUACAAUGCAUUCUGAUGGGGAUUUUUUACAUAACAGUAACAGCAGUAAGGAAAAAUUGUUUCCACAUGUGACACCCAAAGGAAUUAAUGGCAUAGACUUUAAAGGAGAAGCUAUAACUUUCAAGGCAACUACUGCUGGAAUCCUUGCUACACUCUCUCAUUGUAUUGAACUCAUGGUAAAACGUGAAGAAAGCUGGCAAAAAAGACUAGAUAAAGAGACAGAGAAAAGGAGAAGAAUUGAAGAAGCAUACAAAAAUGCUGUGACAGAACUGAAGAAGAAGUCCCAGUUUGGAGGGCCAGACUAUGAGGAGGGUCCUAAUAGUCUGAUUAAUGAAGAUGAAUUCUUUGAUGCUGUUGAAGCUGCUCUCGAUAGACAGGAUAAAAUGGAAGAACAGUCCCAAAGUGAAAAGGUCAGAUUACACUGGCCAGCAUCCUUACCUUCUGGAGAUGAAUAUUCUGCUGUGGGGACUCAUAGAUUUGUCCAAAAGGUGGAAGAGAUGGUGCACAACCAUAUGACAUAUUCCUUGCAAGAUGUAGGAGGAGAUGCCAAUUGGCAGCUAGUGGUAGAAGAAGGAGAAAUGAAGGUGUACAGAAGAGAGGUGGAAGAGAAUGGAAUAGUUUUAGAUCCUUUGAAAGCAACGCAUGCUGUUAAAGGGGUAACAGGGCAUGAAGUUUGCCACUACUUCUGGAAUGUAGAUGUUCGUAAUGACUGGGAAACAACAAUUGAAAAUUUCCAUGUUGUGGAAAAUUUAGCUGAUAAUGCAAUCAUCAUUUACCAGAUCCAUAAGAGGGUGUGGCCAGCUUCUCAAAGGGAUGUGCUGUAUUUGUCUGCCAUCAGAAAGAUACCAGCAUUCAGUGAAAACGAUCCUGAAACAUGGAUUGUGUGCAAUUUCUCUGUGGAACAUGACAGUGCUCCUCUGAACAGUCGCUGUGUCCGUGCCAAAAUAAAUAUUGCUAUGAUUUGUCAGACCUUAGUAAGCCCACCAGAGGGGAACAAGGAAAUAAGCAGGGACAAUAUCCUUUGCAAGAUUACAUAUGUAGCUAAUGUGAACCCAGGAGGAUGGGCACCAGCGUCAGUGUUACGGGCAGUUGCAAAACGAGAAUAUCCAAAAUUCUUAAAGCGUUUUACAUCAUAUGUGCAAGAGAAAACAGCAGGAAAGCCUAUUUUAUUCCAGUAUUAGCAGCAAUCAGAACGAGACUGGGUGAGCAUUCCAUGUUGAAGUGACCAUGCAUAGAGCACUCCAUGCUGGAACGAAGGAUGUAUAGCCUUUUUAUGGCUGAAGUUCUAGGCUUUGUAUACUGAAGUAAAGAAGUGUUGUGACACCAUGAGGCUGAAUAUUUAACACUAGCGGUCUCCUAAAUUUUCUUGUGGAAUCAGUGUGUAAUUAUAAAUAGAUGUAUUGAUAACAUGUACAUGGCUAUUUUAUUUGCUUGCUUUAGAAGAGGAAGAACAUGUACAACUUUGAAUCGCCAACAUGGGUUACUGCUUUAAUUUUAAACAACUUGCAGAAUUACAGUGUCAUCAUUCCUAAGAUACUCGUGCAGGAUUUGUGCAUGUCUAAAAAGCACAAAAGACAAAUGCACAUAUAGCAUACUGUAUGUGCUUUAUAUGCACAAAAAUCUAUGUGGUAUUUUGGUUGGGAGGGAGGGAGUUCAGUAAAGCCUAGGUGACUUAUUGACAGGGUUUUUUUUGCUUUGUAUAAUCAUAGCUUAUUGCUGCUUGUUUCUAUAAUGAAUCAUCUUGUUACAUAAGAUGUCAGUUAAUAAUUGAGGGCUGUCAAUAUCCUUAUGACUGCCUUUUCUACUGUCUUACUCUUAUGAAGAUCUUUGGCUCUAAAGGAGUAAGAGUGUGAAAAGUGCUUUUUUUUUUUCCCAGAUAUCUUUAUAUUUCUAUUGUAUUUUUUAGUUAUGUAAUAUGUGCUACAGCAUUUUUGUUAAUAAACAUGAUCCAGAAAUUUC